CGGAAUAACACAUUUCCUCCCUACCUUGUACAGUUGAACUGAAACUAGUUGAGCUUUUGUCACAGGGAUGCUAGGCCUAACAGGUGGCAGUGGAUUUACACCAACACUGAGAUGAGUUCCAGAUUGAAUAUCAUUAAGAAGACCACUGCAUCAUCUGUCCCUACCAAGUGUGCUGGUGUCACGUGUUGUUCAAGGUUACCGUACUAUUCUUACAUCAUCUGUGGGAAGAAAUAAUGUGCCUCUGAUCAAGCUUUUGGCAUAUUUAUAAUCAUGGACAGAUUUGUUAUCUGUUGCUAGUAUAGGAUUUGACAGUAGUAAUGUGCGUGCACACCCGGACAGAGUUUUUUCAAGGGAAUGGGGGAUCUGAAAUCAUUAUCAGAGUGUGAACUUAGUUUCUUAUUGAAGAGACAGUCAUGUCUAAGAGUAAGAACCCAGCAUCAAAAUCUACUGCAGGAGCCGCUGGUGAAAAACCUAACCCUUUUGGGGUUUCUCUGAAACCGAUUGGUAAAAACCUCACCCUGGACAGGGGAGCCAACUCUGUCAUUACCACAUCAAAGGAAGACCCAGACUCUGAGAAGAGCAAGUCACAGGUGGAAAGGCUGAAGAAUGUUUUUGGAAAAGAUGAAGUCCCCAGUGAAAAGAAAAUCUCCCCCAGGUUGGACAAAGGUAUUUCGAGGCCUUUAAGCAGCACUUCAUCCAGCUCAUCUUCGGCUAAGACUUCAGUCAGAGGUAAAAGUUCACAAGGAGCUGGCCAAAGCAAGAUUAAUGAGAUCAAAAUUGGAGUAUUUACACUUUCCAAAGAAAGCAGUGUUUCCAAGGAAAAAACAAAAUCUAAUGCCAAAAAUGCAAAUGUUUCAUCUGCAUCUGAAGAGCUGUCAAGCUUUUCACGAACCUCAUUCCACCAGUCUCGAGCUUCCCAAAAGAAUCCAACAAGUUCUUAUGACCCAAUCACAGGUGAGAUUAAACUGGACAAGGCCAAAGUAGAGAAAUUCGCAUCGGAACUUAAAGCUGAGAAGAAAACAAAUGAUCCUCCUUGGAAAGUGAAGUUGAAAUCUGUCAACCAAGCAACUGGUUCCAAAAAAGAGGAAACUGUCGUUAUUGGGAAAUCUGCUGAUUGUAAAGCUUCUAGAUUAUCUGUGAGUGAAAAAGAUAACUCUCGCAGGUCAAGUGCAAUCCAGCCUGCACAGACUGCCCCUUUUAGACGUGAAACCAAAAUUACAAACCUUACAAAAGCAUCAGAUACCUCAAAAAGUGUUAAAAAAGAAAAACCUGAAGUAAAUGGUAUCCCUAAAAAAUCAACAGACACUAAAACCACAGAUCAGAGGAAACCAGAAGUCAAAGAGGAUAAACCAGUUAGAGCUAAACAGAAAAGUGUGAAGAACGACAAAGCUGUGAAAGAAGAAAACCAAGCGAAGGUCAGUCCAAGGGGAGAUUUUGUGCAGAGGUUAAUAAAGCAGUGUGAAACUAGAGACGAACGACAGGACAGCAAAGUCAGUAAAUCGGAUGAAAAUCUGGAAUUUCCAGAAACACUUCUGGAGAAGUUGGCUGUCCUUGAAGGACUAGUGAAUGACAUCAGUAGUGACGAAUCUGGCGACUCAGAAGGAGGUGAUGGGUACGAUGAUGUGGCAACCGUUAUUGAGUGUUUGGCUGAAGAAGGUAUACUAGAUAUUACUAGAGAGAUUGGCACGCUUCAGCGUAGCUGGUUGGCUGGGUUUGGUGCCUCUGGUGCCAAGGGCAAUGUGUCGUCUGAUUCGGACGAUGAGCAUGAUCGUAUUCCAUUGCAUGUGUCAGAGGGGCAGGCAAACAAGGGUAUAAACAAGCAUGGCAAUAAGGUGCCAAAAAACUGUAAAAAAAUUUCCCAAAAAGUUAUACAGGCAUAUGAUUGGGUAGAGCCUCUGGAUCCAGCUCACGAUUCUGUGGAACAAAACAGCAACUAUGAGCUGGCGGGCCCAGUGAACGGGAGCAUGAAGGGGUUUAACGUAGGAGAGAAGAAGAAAAGAAGAUUUGCUUUUAGGGAUAUCAAGUUAAAAAGGACACAGAAGUUGGACAAGGAUGCCAGGAGACAGAGUGCUCCCCCCUUGGAGUCCCAAUCCCUGAAACCAAAAGAGGAGGAAAACAUCUACAAUUCCCCAGAAGAAACAGAACUGCCUAUCCCAGACUGGGACACGGGUUCAAGCCGCGUCUCGGUAGCAGGUUCAGAGUCUACAUCCUCCGACAGCGUGACUAACCCCAUCAGUAUGCGUCCUCAUACAGUCAUAGAACUCUCUGACAAGCAAGCUAGGAAGCUCAAGAAACGGCAGGCCGAUAACUCCGAGUCCAGCACAAAGUGGAAAAAAAAGUGGAAAGAGUUUUAUCGACGUAGUCAGGAUCUGUUGGAUAUUCCAGGAUUGCAAAUGAAGCUGGAAAAUUUGUCGCUUAGCCAGUUACCAGCUAAUGUGAAGCAAAAACUGCGCGAGAGAAUAAAGAAGAAAAAGAUCAAGAAAACAGGUCGUUUAGAGAUAAACCCAGUGGAGGAAGAUGAUGAUUUUACAGAUGAAUUUGCGGCAUCGUCUUCUGAAGAUCUUCGUUAUGAUUCCAAUGAGGGAAUAUAUCAAACUAUAGGUGGAGUACAGGACGAUGCUAUACCCAUUGUGAAUGUAAAUCUGAGGGUGUCCGCUUCACCGGAGAAAAUCCCCAUCUCACCAGCAGUGAGUAAGGACUCUGUAGACUCUGCCCCUAAUCUCCCACCGAGGACACACACAGGAUCUGUGUAUGAGAAGUACUCUGAACUAGGACCCAAAGUGUCGCAUGAUUCACCACCUGAUUUGCCACCUACAUUGCCUCCAAAGCUGUCAGACUUAACACCCCCUACCAAACCCAAACUGAACACCAAGCGGGCUUCUUUACCGGGGCUACAGCUGGUGUCUGGAGACUUGGAAGUGGCCCCACCCCUGCCCCCGAGGAACGGGCGAAUGUCUCUGGGUAGCCUGGGGAAUUUGGAUGUCCGGGUGCCACCACAAAGUUCAACCAGCUCUUUGGCAGAGAGUUACCUUAAGCAGCCAAAAUUAGCGGAUAAGUUUCCAUCAGAGAGUCCUAGUAAGAGUGACAGUGUCAAACGUGAUAGUCUAUUGUUGGGAAGAGUUCCUCCUCCUCUACACAUACCCAUCCUGCCAGACUCUGUCUUGGAGAUGGAGGCUGUAGGUGCAGGAGGUUUGACCUUGGGCCAAGGAUACCUUGAUAUGGAACAGGGAGAGGGCAGGGUAGAGUCUAGUCCUAGUCGAGCGAGUGGGAGUUCCAGCGUCCGCGCUCCAUUUGAAAACAUGAUGGAUUUUAAGAGGAGGAAUAAGGAAAGGAGACCUGACUCUGCCCAGGUGGAUAUUGACUUUGAACUGGAUGUGUCUGUGUGUCGGAGCCGCUACAAGUCGCGGUUUGAACGCGAGCCACUGUACCAGUAUUAUAACAAAGACUAUAUAAAGCGGCAGUCCUGGCAGAGGGCUCUCAGUGAGGAACCCAGCAGUCCAGCAGCAGGGAAAAGCUCAGAAAAACACAGCCAUGAUUACAUUAACCCCGAAGUUACAAUAACCAUAUCAGUUGAAAACCAGCAGAGUAGCCUUCCCUCUGUGACAGAGGGAGAGACCCAGAAUGCACCAGGUGCUUAUCUCCUGUCCACCGUCAGUCCUAGUGGAACUGUCCAUCGAUCUCUGUGGAGCCAAGUGCCUGAGGUGGUAAGCAGUGGUGUGGCAGAAAAUCUCACUCAGGAACAGAAAAAAGAACAAGAGGCCAUGUUUGAAAUCAUCACUUCUGAAGCUUCCUACUUCAAGAGUUUGAACGUGCUCAUCAACACAUUUGUCAUGUCCCCUGAGCUGUGUGGAGAAAUCUCGGAGAAAGCCGUCCUCACCAAACAGCAGAAACACCUUCUCUUCUCUAAUAUUGGAGCCGUCCGAGACGCUAGCGAAAAGUUUUUGGCUGAUCUGGAAGCUAGAUGGAAUGAAAACGUUCUGAUAUCUGACAUUAGUGAUAUCAUCAUCAAGCAUGCCAAUGAAAACUUUGACUGCUAUGUGAAAUACUGCUCAAACAAGACGUAUCAGGACAGGACCUACUCAGAUCUCUUGAAGAACAACCCUUCAUUCAAGGAGGCCCUGAUCCGUCUGCAGGGUCUGCCUGAGGUACAGGGUCUGCCCAUGGCAUCCUUCUUCCUCCUACCCAUGCAGAGAAUCACUCGGCUCCCACUGUUGAUGGAUGGAGUCUGUCGCCAUAGAGACCAGAGCCAUGAGAACCACAAAGAGGCCCUUCAGGCUCAGGAUGCUCUCAACAAGCUGGUGAAGAAAUGUAAUGAAGGUGCUAAGAGGAUGGAACAGACAGAACAGUUGUGCAUGAUUGAAAAACAGCUUGAUUUCAAGAUCAAGAAAGUUCCCAUUGUCUCAGCAUCUCGACAUUUAGUGAAGGAAGGCGAGCUAACCAGAAUCGUUACCGACUCCAGUAGUAAGCGACCAUUUGGUAAAAACAGGCCCAGCAAACAGUCCUUAUAUCUGUUCCUGUUAAAUGACUUGCUGCUGGUGACCAAACGAAAGGGGGACAACUUGUUUUCUGUGAUAGACUGUACGAAGCGUAAUUCAGUUCAUUGUGAAGUGAUACAGAGCCCGGAGAAUUUCCCCCUGUUGCCUAACGGAGCACCCAGUGGCUGUAAGAACCUGUUCCUGAUGGUGAUGCUGGAGAACCAUGAGGGAAAACAAGUGGAGCUAAUACUGUCAUGUAAUUCUCCGAGUGAUCGCACGCGGUGGAUGGAGGCUGUGACCCCAAAAGCGCAUGUGUCUGAGAAUGAGCGAAUCUAUGAAGAGUGGGACUGUCCACAGGUCCAAGCUGUUCACAGGUACAUUGCCACUCAGCCUGAUGAGCUUGACUUGGAAGAAGCAGAUGUGGUCAACGUCUUCCGCAAAAUGGCCGACGGUUGGUACGAAGGAGAGAGGAUACGUGACGGGGUGCGAGGAUGGUUCCCAAAGUCAUACGUCGAGGAAAUUCUUAGUUCUCAUGUCCGAGCUCGCAAUUUACGUCUUCGGUAUCGACUCCUGGUGGCAUCCAAGGAUUUUUCUGUUACUGGAAAGAUCAGCUGAGUGGGUUGUUAAACAAAAGCAAUUAUUGAUGAUUGCUGACAUUGGGAGAGAAGGCUUGAUUCUGUGUCAUGAAGGCAUCAUGAUUCUCUUCACAACCUUUUAAGAUAAGUGAAGCUCAGCUCUUGAAUGGUGGCCAAAAUCUUCUGUUAUGCCUAGAAAGGUUUGCGGAAUUAAAACUGAAUUUCAGGAUAUUUUGGUUUCCACUCAUAACUACACUGUAUCUGCUGCCAUAUCAAGAAUCCUACAACAUGUGUACAAGAAUGUGUACAUUCCCUGAUUUUGGUGCUGAGUUAUUAAAAUAAUGUGUUUGUUGUUUAAUGAAAGACUAUGGCUUUCUCUAAAAGCAACGAAUUUUGUUAAUUUGUUACAGUUUUCUUGAGGAAUGGUCGCUCUAAAUUCAGUAAUGCUAUUCAUCAUCUUGUGUGUCUGCAUAAUGCAAUGGAGUUAUCUCCACUUGGAAUACAAACUUGGUCCUCAUGUGAUUUGACGGAUGUACAUGUACAUCAUGUGGGUAUGUCACUUUUCUUAAAAAUAAAAUAAGUUUUUCUGUUUAAUGCCAUAUAUAUUGAGUGGGCAUAAAAAAAUGGGCUGUAGUUUGACACUCAAUAUCUCCGAAAUCCUCUUACAUCAUAAGAAUUUACACACUCAAAAGCCAUUAUGUCCUUAGGAUACAAACCAAAUUUCAACUUGAUCCUUUAAGAUUUCUGUUCAUGGGACCAAAAUCAAAAUAGUGUCUAAAACGCAUAUUGCGGACAUUUCAAAAUGAUGUUCUAUCUUGUUUUACUUCAAAAGGUGAUCAAUUCCUUGUCCUCCGCAGAGAAAACCAUCUUGAUUCAGCAAAACUUGUGCCUAUCUGGUAGAAGGGUUUCUCGGACACUAAAGCCAGACAAUUUCUCCAAACAACACUUGAUUAAUGUGUGUCACACAGGUGCAGCGCGUGCUCUACUCAAGACACCUGACAGGUUUUUGGGUCAAUUUGGGUCACCGUAACGUGCAUUUUUUGAGGCUAUGUUUUCAUUUUAAUCCUGAGUACAGACUACCCAAGUUAUGACCUUGAAAAUUGGUCAGUAUAUUAAUAAAAUCAUGCCAUUUGAAUGUCUAAAGUUUGAAAGGAUCAUGGAACAAUGCAGCAUCAAAGUACAGCCCUUUUUUUAAGCCCACCUGAUAUAUAUUGGCUUGUUAAAACCAAAAAAUCACUGCUAUAGGCUUAUUUCAUUGAAAUGAGAAAAUAUAUGCUGUUAAACAAUAUAUUCAUGAAAUAUUGUUACAAGUGUUCACUUUAUACAUCUAAUGUAUUUGCAAAAUAUAUCAUAGGCUACAAAUGUCUGGUAAAAAUGAUAUUUUGUAACAUGUUUAGCUUAAAGGUUGUGAACUCUGGCAUUUAUGUCCUGAUACGCAUAUCUGGUGUUUCGUUCACAAUGUACAUGGACAAGUUUAUUCUUUGGUGUGAAGCCGUGAUUACAUGUUGUCUGCAUACAGCCAGGGGAGACAAAUAUGUUGCUACUGGUGUUUCAAUACGGAGAAUGUGUUUAUUAUUCUCUUUAGAAUUCCUGUGGUUUUAAACCACAAUGAGGACAGAGGUAAACUAGUUUGCUCUGAAACCUGAACAGGUAUUGACUUCCAGUUUUCAAAUCUCAGUUUUACUAAAAUACGUAGAAUUGUUUACAUACCUUACAGGAGAAUUUUGAAUUCAUCAUAAGAUGAGACCUGCUGGGUGAAGAUGUCAGGUACAUAUGAUUCUGGCAUUAACCCAAGUCCUCCAUUGUUUUGUCAUCUGUCUCAAGUGAGUUGGAGAACCUCGGAUGUAUAUGUAGGCCAAUUUUGAGAUAUAGUUAAACUGUUUUUGUGAGCCCACAUCACACAGGUGUUUGUACAUUGUCAACGUGACAAGUUGUUAUCUGUAUAAAGGCAUGAUGUAAAAGUUACAAUUUUGACCUGUUUACAACAUGUUACAACCAGAAAAACACAUAUAAUGGCUAGAUGUACAAUGUACAUGUAGGUAGGGAAAGUCUGCCAGUUUUUUGGUGAUAGUCACACAACUUGAUGGUGGUGGGGAGCGAGGAGGAGGUACAGUGUUUAUAUUUGUGGGCCCUCUGUAACUGUUGAAAUUGUGAUUGCUGUUUUGUAAACAACCAAGAAUCAACAUGUUGUGAUCUUCACAUUCUUUGUUUAGUGUUUUUUAAGAGUAGUGUUGUUGUUGUUGUCAUAAUGGCAUAUUGCUUACAAUGGUAUUUAACACGUUACAUUAUUGACACAGAUGUAAAUGUGUUAAAGUGUAGGGAUGCACUUUUUGUUUGGGGACCAAUCAAAAUCCUAUAAUAAAGACAUAUCUGUCUUUUAAAAGAGAGCUUGUCAAUUAAUGCGAUAAAUCUACCAUUUAAGGUCAGUAUAAUCUGAGAAAAGUAAGGAUAGCCAUGCAACAACACAUCUAAAUUAAAUGCUCAUGCAUGAAAGAAGGAGGAGUGUUUUUGUUUUUUACUGUCCCACAAGAUGCAUAUCAGAGUCAAGACACAUCUACUCACAAGUGCCAUCAAAAUUACUGACUAACUGAUGUGGUAGCAUAGACCUACAUAUUGUGUGACGGUUCAUUGACAGUGAGCUGGAACUUCAUAGCACUCCGCAUGAAGCAGAUGUGUAUAUUUACUCAAAAUAGGAAAUGGCUGACUUGAAGAAUCCUUGAUAUUUCAAAAUCUGUGAAUAUGAUUCUUGAAAAAUAAGAUGUCAGCUCAGAUAUACAUUGUCAUUUGAUUUGGGGAAUUGUUUUCUUAAGACCAUUCUAUCAACCAGCAACAAACAAAUGAUACUUUUUAUUACACCUACAUCUUGGUAAAAUCCAGGUGUUUUUCCAUUUUGGGGGAAUAUCUGGGUAUUGUCCAUGUAAGGGGGCCAACACUUUAUCCAUUAGUUACAUAAAAACAGAAUCAUUACUUUGUUUCAUUGAAAUAUGGAGCGGGCAUUCCAGUGAGUUAAUUACGGAUAAAAUUGUGCUUUUUUAUAUGCUUAAUAAGUUGAUGUUAAAAGAAGCAGAUUAUGAAGGGUAUUAAUGUUAUCAAGCAGAUAGUAUUCAUAUAAAUUUAUGUAUCCUUUCAUACGCAAGAACAUUUAUAUUUUUAUAUUGUAAAUGCGCAGUGAACAAAUCUGUAAGCUUAUAUAUAUAUAUAUAUCUGUACAGUUGAUAUGUUACUGUGGAUACAUGUACAGUGUGAUAUCUGAUAUAAAAAUCUGUUAAAUUAGAAUGUACAUUUUGAUGGACUUUGAUUCAUCACACCUUGAAAUUUGAGAUUUAUACAACACAUGUUUGUGAAAUGAAAAUCUGAAAUAUGAUAAAGGUGAAAAACAAUGAUUUUCGCCUAUGCUAACUACUGUUACAGUUAAGACAGCUAUGAUGUAGAUUUUCAUCAGAGCCAUGUUAUGAAAACUUAUAAGAGACAAAGAGGUUAGACAUUUUAUGAUAUGUAACAAACACUAUAUCAGAGUACCCCAGGCUGGGCAUUUAAUACAAUGACUGCUUGCUUGUCAGCUGUAUUUUAUUAUCAGCUUUAUUUUUUUGUAUGUUCCAGAGUGUAAUGUCUCUAUUUUUGUCUUGGUUUUUUUUUUGUUUUUAAGUUUAGUUUAUGAUAAAAUACUUCCUUCAUCAAGGAUAUUUUGUAAUGUGUUUGCAAACUAAAUGUCUCAUAAAUUUCAUGCCAACCUGAUGUUAUAUCAGCUUUUCACAAUGUGUAUUAUUUUACAUACAUAUACGUGUAGCAGUUAAAUUUGUGUAGUGUUUUUCUUGUUUUGUUAUGCCAUGUUAUCUUCAUAUUAUCUCAUAGCGUCAACAAACUUACAAUAUUGAUUGUUGCUGGGGUAUUUUCUUUUUGUCAUAUUGUGUUUUACUCACUUCUUUUACAUGUACUUUGUUUUUAUGUUUGAAUAUAGAAAUGAGUGAAAUUUAAAUUUGCUGGUUUUAUGAAACUUGGGCCACACAACUAUCUACUUUUAUCAAGAAGCUAUAAACAAAGUCAGAAAAUUAAAAUACUAUUGCUAGGAUGUAUGUCUCUCUUCAAUCUUUCAGCCACUAAAGCACUUUUCAGUUGAAUUUAUGCAUACAGUUAUCAUGAAAAAAUGCUAAAAAUUUCUUUGUGUCACAAGCUUCAUAAAACUGUGACUUGUUUCUCUAAAUACAUUAAAUAGAAUAAUAAAAUAUUGGUUGCAGAUGCAGAUGGAAAGGUUGAAGAAUUAGGGUAAUUAAGUUUUGGUUUCCUACUUGACCAAGGGUUUAAUUCUUCAAUUAAUUGGGACUAAAUGUACUGUAUGUAUGUCCAUGUUGAGUCUGGUUUCCUACUUGACCAAGGGUUUAAUUCUUCAAUUAAUUGGGACUAAAUGUACUGUAUGUAUGUCCAUGUUGAGUCUGUCUAACGUACAUAAAUGGGUCAAUACUACAUUUUGCAUUGGAGUUUGGAGCCGCGUCCGGGUGGCACUCUACAUGUAUGUAUCCGUCUUGUGAUGGCCUGAUGUGGCUGUGGACUUUUAUAAUUUAGCUCCUGGCUUCUUUGGCAAGGAUCUUUCAUUCUUCUCAUACGGCAUUAUAGUGCAUGUGGCUGUAAUGAUAAGUAGAAUAACACUUGUUAAUGAUGUGAUGCGGGAAGAGAGGAAAGUCCUAGCAUCAAGGUAUAGGAACAAAUAGCUCUUGUUUCCACUACCUGAUUUAUCAAUAUUUGCAUCAGCAUCUCAAGUAUUUACAUGUAGCUAAACUGUGUAAUUUUGUGGACAAGUGUUUUUGUGGAAAAUUGUUUGUAAUAUGUUCAAGUUGUUUAUUAACUACAACCAUGACCGUUGUUCAAGUCUGUGAUUUGCUGUUGAUAAAAUCUAAUAGUCUAUACAAAACUAUCACAUUGUUGAGAUUGGUGACCAGCUUGCUUGUUAAACUUGGUUCUGAUCUCUUUUCUUGGACAGGAUUAGAUUCUGCACUCCACAAUAUCCUUUCAAAAAUUCAUCACUACGGAAAGACAUAAUCUGCUUGAUUGUAAAUAUGUAUCCUUUAUCGUUAUUCUGAUUGGACCAGAUUUAAUGUUUUACUAUUUGUGUUGUGUUGUAUGGUUUUCAUCCAUAAGGGAAGAGCAUUUCUAUGAAGCUUCAUGCUUGUACAUGUAGGAAUGAAUACGUUGGGCCAUCCAGGUAUAGUACAUGUACAUUAACAAAAAAACAAUAAAUCGAGCCAACUAGAUAGGCCUAUAUAUUGAGCAAUUUCAUAGGUUGCAACACUCACCAAAGUGUUUUUAACAGAAAAUAGGUGAAAGUUACAGACACAACUUUUACAGGUAUCAGUCGUUGUUAUGACUUUUGGUUGCUAGCAUAAAUUGCUGAUA